UUAUAAAAUAUUUGAAAAUUAUGUAAAUAUGUAACUUACAAAAAUCAAUAAAUUUUUUGUUAUUUACUUUAUAAUUUGUUUAACAAAUGAAUGUUUGCUUGAAUGAAUUCUGCGCAUGCUUGCGCGAAAGUUGCUGCUGUCAAAAAUUAUUCAAAAAUCUUAACAAUUCCAACAAAUAAAAAUACAAAAUUUUUUUUUUAUUAUUCAUAUAUUUAUUUAAAUAAUUUUGUGUAGACAAAAGCAGUAAAUAAUGGUAAGUGAAGAAGUAACAGAAGUUAAAAAACCAAUGCCAGUUUUUAAAAAUCCAGAGUUCCAACAAAAGUUUCGUCCUAUGAGCGUGUCAGGUAAAAAAAGAACUUGGCGGUCAUUGAAACAAGUUUUAACUCAAGAAAAAAGUUUACCAUGGCCUGCUGGAUUCGUUCAUUAUAGUUCAAUAAACGCGCCACCAAGUUUUCGACCCGCCAAGAAAUAUUCCGACAUAUCAGGGCUGCAGGCACGGUACACAGAUCCACAGACAAAACUUUAUUACGCAGUUGCUGAAGAAUUUGCAACAGUAAGAAGUUUACCGAUGGAUAUUACUGCUGGUUAUUUAGCACUACGAGGAGCUUCUAGUAUUGUGGGUUGAUUUAAAUAAAAGUCUUAUUCACUGAAAUUAAUAUUUAUAUUUAAAUAAAAAUUAAGAAAUAAUAAUUAUUGAACACAGUUUUUUAUUUUUCACAUUUUUUAUACCUUUAUUUUACACGUUCGAUUGAUCAUUAUUAAAAAAGCUUGUUUAUUAUUAAUAUUAUAAUUAUUAUUACAACUUAUUUUUAUUAAAUAAAAAUUAACGAAGAGGAAAUAAAUUCAAAGAACUCUAUUUUUUACUUUACCCACUAGCCAUUCAAUAGUCCUGCUGAUUAACUUACUAUUAUUAUUAUUAUUAUUAUCAUUGCUUAGUUAUCAUAAUUUUGUUUUUCAUUUACUCAUUUAUCAUUUUUAACUGAAAGUGGCCGCGGGACAGGGAAAUUCGCUAAUACGUCACCGGUACCCUCGUCAGUUGCAAAAGAUUAUUUUUGCAAUUUUAAAACUGUUAAUGUCACGAGGGCUUACGUAUAUAAUAAGUUUUUUUUUUUUUUUUGUUAUAAAAGUCGCGAUCGCUGAGGAAAAGUUAAAGUCCUCAUGUUUUUUUUUGUUAUUUUUAUUUUUUAUUUAAAAACGUUUUUACUUUUUGGUCUUUUAAAUAUUUU